UUCUCUUUUUCUUUCUUGUGAGAGAGAGAUUGAGAUAGAGAGGGAGGUACUACUAGAGUUCCCCCUUGAAAGCCCUUCUCUUUUCCCUCCCUCUCUCUAUUCUUCUUUCUCAUUCAGAGAGUUUCAAAGAAGAUAUGGGUCUAAUGAACUCUCACCACCCAUUGGCAUUCACAUUUGGAAUCCUAGGUAACAUUGCCUCAGUCUUGGUGUAUCUGGCUCCACUGACAACAUUCUACAGAAUUUACAGGAAAAAAUCAACUCAAGGCUUUGACUCUCUGCCUUACCUAGUACCAUUAUUUAGUGCAAUGCUCUGGCUUUACUAUGCAAUGCUCAAAACAGAUGCUUUCCUGCUCAUCACCAUCAACUCAUUCGGAUGUGUCAUUGAGACCAUUUACAUUUCCAUCUACAUUGCCUAUGCAACAAAAGACAGCAGGAUUUUCACUAUCAAAGUUCUUGCAUUUAUGAACAUGGGGGCAUUCUCUUUGAUCGUUCUCCUUGCACAUUUUCUCUCUGGAGGUUCCACUCGCGUCGCGGUUCUGGGUUGGAUUUGUGUUGCUGUUUCCGUCAGUGUUUUCGCUUCCCCGUUAAGCGUUGUGGCACAAGUUAUAAAGACAAAGAGUGUAGAGUUCUUGCCGAUCAAUUUAACAUUCUUCCUUACACUAACUGCAAUCACUUGGUUCUUCUAUGGCCUAUUUGUACAUGAUUUCUGUGUAGCUCUCCCGAAUGUCAUUGGUUUCGUAUUGGGACUGGUACAGAUGCUGCUCUACGGAUUCUACAGGAAUGCCAAGAGUGUUAAAGAGGAGAACAGAAUUCCAGAGAACUUGAAGAGUGUUGUGAUUCUUGGAACAAUAGGGAAUUCAGAGGUAUACCCUGUUGAUGUCCAGUUAUACGGCAAGGAGAUCGACACGAAUGGAAACGGUGUUAAGGAGGAGAAGCAAAGUGAGGAACAAGAAAAUAACAAGGAAAACCAGAAUGAAAAUAUCAAGGAAGAUGAACAAACUGAUGAGCAACAGAAGAGCAAGGAAGACGAAUGCCCGGUGUGAUUUAAGCAAGUUGUAUUCUCAAAAGUGACUUCCCAUGUCUUGUAUUCUGUCUCUCUGUAUUUCUCUCCGUCUCUGUGCCUUUCCUGCUUCUUCUUAUAUACAUUUAUGAAUCACAGCAUGCUUAAAUAAUAUUUGCUUUCACUUGUACCAAUAGUAAAAGAAAAUAAAGCAUUCAUUCUUGAUGCAAGCUAA